AUGUCGAUGCCUGACAAUCGCAUACCGCAGAAGGGCGGCGAGGAACGUGCUAUCACGAGGCUGAAGCUAAUGCACGCCCUUGGUGUGACCACCACUAAGAGCCUCGACUGUGGUAUCCUUGCUGUCGGUCAGCUGCUCACGAAUGGCCAGGAGAAAGAGGGAGGGAAAAUCGUUUCGAUCGGUUUGUCCAGCAAUGGUGGUAGCCUGGUCGUCCUCACAAAUGCCGGAGACCUCUUCCACGUUACUGAAUGGGACAACAAGAAAGGCAAAACUCAGAAGAGUUCGGCCGCUUCUCGAAAGAUCUCCAUCGAUACCAAGAAUAGCAAACAGCUCAACGUCAGUGGUGAAUUCAGCGACAGCGACUCUGAGGGCGUUCUCAAGGAGAUUCCCCCUGUAGAUGGUGUCGGCAUAGGGCUGGGGAAAUUUUCCGUGAUCAGACCUCAGUAA